AGGGUGUCGCAUGAAGUUUUCCAAGAGGCGAGCCUCGUUUCCACCGGCGUUAAAAAGAGGAGGCGGCCUGCACCCGAAAAGCCCAAGGCCCGGUUCCGGCAUGUCUCUCCGUCACCCUUCUCCUCCUCCUGCGUCUUCAUUCCCUCGUCUUCUCUUUCUCAAAUCAACCAAACUCCAUCGCCCUCGCCCUCGCAUUUCUCUUGCGAUCGGAUCCUCCGCUGAUUCUGCCGGCCUCUCUUCCACCGUUGGAUCUCCUCCGCCCAUUGAACUAUCUCAGUGGAGUCUCGGCCCCAGGCAUAUUCGUGUGCUCAAUGUCGCUGCUUGUGUGGUGGCAAUUUCUACAACGUGGCUGUUCUUCUCAGCAAUUCCAUCUCUCUUGGCUUUCAAGAGAGCUGCAGAGUCAAUGGAAAAACUGCUAGAUGUCACUGCUGAGGAGCUCCCUGAUACUAUGGCUGCUGUCAGGCUCUCCGGAAUGGAGAUCAGUGAGUUAACGGUGGAACUUAGCGACAUUGGUCAAGAAAUAACUCAGGGAGUCAGGAGGUCUACUCGAACAGUUAGAGUAGCUGAGGAUAGACUACGUCAAUUCGCUACUAUGGCUCCUACAGUACCAAUGCAGGUGCAAGUCCCCCCACGGGAUGAGACUGAGGACCCAGCAUUAGCUAGGACCGCAAGAAAUCUACGAGAGGGAAUCCUGAAGGGUCGUGCUCUUCUUGGGGUUAUAUUUGGUGUCACUCAAUUUUCUCGGUGGGCGAUGAACUUUAUAGGCACGCGUCAACAGAAGCGUUCACUCUGAUAGAAGAGAGAAGUGGUUAAAAUUUUGUAACUCCUGUGCUUCUUUUUAUGGGAUUAUUUCCUCUUGUUCAUAGCUCUUUUUUGGUAUGGAAAAUGGUUUUCUUUUCUAUAGGAAGUUCUCUCGUCUUUUGGUUUGUGGACAGUCAAGUAUGUGAUGAUGUCGUGCAACUAAUAGUCGAUGUUUUAACAUGAAAUUUUACACUUUCUA